AAGGCAGUUUCUUUAUUUUCAAGGAUGCUCGAAUCUGGCCUCAAACCUGACUCCAUUGCUUUCGUUUCUAUACUGUCAGCAUGCAGUCAUGCUGGACUGUUACAGGCGGGGGAAUAUUAUUACAAUCUAAUGACAGAAGAGUAUAAGAUUGUUCCAAGGCUAGAACAUUAUGCUUGUAUGGUGGAUUUGAGGGCAAGGGCUGGGCAGAUAGAUAAGGCGUAUUCUUUUAUCAAACAGAUGCCGAUGGAUGCUGGUGAGAGGAUAUGGGGUUCUCUGUUGAGUGCUUGUCGCACAUAUAAUGACAUGGAUAUAGGGAUUAUAGCUGCAGAUAAUCUUUUCAAGUUGGCACCUAGGCAGUCUGGAUAUUAUGUCUUGUUAUCAAAUAUCUAUGCAAUUGCUAGAAGAUGGCAAGAUGUGACUAAAAUUCGGACGUUGAUGAAUGAAAAAGGUAUCAAGAAAAUUCCCGGUGUUAGCAAUGUGGAGCUCAAUAACCAAGUACACACAUUUCUUGCCGGGGACAGGUGUCAUCCUCAAUCAGGGAAGAUUUAUGAAGAGCUAGACAUAUUAAUAGGGAAGAUAAAGGACGUUGGCUAUGUCCCAGUUACAGAUGGCACACUGCAUGAUGUUGAGGAGGAAGACAAAGAAUAUCAUUUAGUUGUUCAUAGUGAGAAACUGGCAAUUGCCUUUGCAAUGUUGAACACUGAUGCCGGAACACCAAUCCGAAUCACAAAGAACAUACGCGUCUGUGGGGAUUGCCAUGUGGCUGUCAAGCUCAUAUCUAAGGUCACCAAACGUCUCAUUGUUGUCAGAGAUACUAGACGCUAUCAUCAUUUUCAAAACGGAGUCUGCUCAUGUGGUGAUUAUUGGUGAUCCUACCAGUAGUCAUGGACACAUGAGGAUGAGUGCUAUGUCUUGGGAAAGAAAUGCAGUGACACAAUGUGUGGGAGGCCUUGCUAUAUGCCUAAAUAGGUCGACUUUGAAUUCCAAAGUUAUUUUGCACUCACAACAUAAGACAAAUAGCUGCUUUUAUCUUGUGUUGCGGCAGAAAUGACUUCCAAGCCACAUGCUUGGAUAACAUAAAUAAACUGUUCAGAAAGUGGAACAAAUUUCAGUAUCGUCU